AUGACCAAGAACUAUCAAAACUCGGAGAAAAUGGCCCCAUCCAACCCACAAUCCCCCCAAGAACAAGUCAUGGAUUUUAUCAAUAACCUUGGUGACCAAAUGGAGGAAGCCUUCUCCCAAGCCGCCUCUUCUCCCCAAACCGAGAGAGGCGACCCAUCCACCUCUAACAGAGAGGCUAGAGCUCAGGGAAAUCCACCUAGCUACGAUCAACCCGAACAAACCAGCGAAUCUAGCGCCCACGCGAACCGUGGUGGAAACGGUGGCGAACACCGUGGCCGUCACCAAUGGGGCGGCGGCCCAUGGGGUUAUAACUGGCGUGAACAAGCAGACCCAUGGGUCCAAAUGGCCAGCAACCUUGCUGAAAGCUUUUCCACUCCAAAUACCAACGGCCCUCCACAUCCCGGUAUGUUCUUCGGAGGAGGGGGUCCAGGUGGGCCUGGAGGGCCCGGCAGCUGCCAUGGUGGCCGUGGUGGCGGCCGUGGCGGCCGUGGUGGCUUCGGAGGCUUCGGAGGAGGCCGUGGAAGUUAUCAUGGUCCGUGGGGCUGGGGUUCUCACCGUGCCCGCUGGGGAAACCGCGGCAGUCACUACUACAGAAAUGAUAAUGGCAGCCCGGAAUUUAUCCCUCCUGUCGAUCUAUUCGAUACACCCAAUAGCUUCGUCGUUCACGUUGCCCUCCCAGGCGCCAUCAAGGAGGAUAUCGGUAUAAACUACGAUUUCGAUAACGCAGAACUCCAAAUCUCUGGAGUUGUUCAUCGCCCAGGGAAUGAAGAGUUCCAAAAGCAUCUUGUUGAUGGAGAGCGCAGUAUUGGUGUCUUUGAUCGCAAGAUUAAGCUUGAGAGUAAUGGCAAGGUCGUCUUCGUCGAUGCUGAUAGCAUUACUGCUAAGCUCGAGAACGGCUUGUUGGAAGUUACCGUACCAAAGUUGAGGAAGGCUGAUGAGCCUGAGAAGAAGAAGAUUAAUAUUGAGUAA